AUGGCUGUAGAGAAAUCGUCACUCUUACUAGAUUCCAGUGAGAGUGAUUCUGAGGAGCUGCCGACGUUCACUUUUCUGAAGAAGGAACCAUCUUUAACCAAGAGAAGCCUGCCUCCACAGGAGGAGAAGGUUGUAGUGAUUAACACCUCAGAUUCUGAGACCUCCUUCCUUCUGUCACCAGAGUCAGAAGAUGUACCACCUGCCCAAGGCCCAUUGGAAACUGUCACCCAAACAGAGCCAGCUGGGGCCCUGGGCAGUGGAAGCGAAGAUGAGGAGGAGUUUAUUCCCCUGGCGGAGAGGCUUAAGUGUAAGUUCUUGACCUACAAUCAGUUGAGCCCUGAGGAGUCUCAUUCUCCAAUUAAAAGUGCCUUGGAUCGGCAGAGUAACAAAGGAGCAUUAUGUGACUGGAAAAAACCACUCUUCCCAAAGAUCCUGCGUCCCCCGCUUUGUGACAUCUCAGAGCGGAAUGCUGCAGAAUGCAGGGACCCCCACUUAGACCGUCCAUGCCAUCAGCUGCCGCCCGACCAGUCUCUCUGCCCUGUCCAGGGCAACAGCCCUACAGUUACAGAAACCCCUUCUGAGGGGCCUGUGCCUCUGAAGAGAACCAAGCGCAGUCAGAAGGCCCAGGGGAGAGAGCGGAAGGGAGCAGCGAAGCAAAAGGAGAAUGCGGUGGGGCAUCAGGAGAGGAAGAAGAAGGCCGCCCAGGCGAGCAACCUGAAGGCUCAGAGGCCAGAGGAGUGCUUGAAGCACAUCGCUGCCGUGCUGGACCCAGAGCUUUUACAGACGGAAGGUGGGGGCCAGCUCCUGGGGGCGCUGCAGUCCAUGGAGUGCCGCUGCUUGAUUGAGGCGCAAGCUGUGCCUCGCAGCAUCACCUGGAGGAGGGCUGCACUGUCUGAGAAUGAAGAGGAGACCUGGGCAGAAAAGUCAGUGGUCUUGGUGGUGCUGCAAGGAGAGAUGGUCGUAUCUAUGAUCAACAGUUUAAAGCAGGGAAGUCUGGACGGCACCAAGAAAGGGAAGGAAGCACUUCAGAGCUUUGUCAAAAACACCACUGCAAAGUCAGCUGGAAAAGCUCUGACUCUGGUGAUUGUGGAUCAAGGGAAAUGCUUCAGGUUUGAGUUUAUCCUUGAGACUUGUGCCCCAAAUCCUCCAAGGAGAAGGAGACAGGGAGUGGCAGAUAGAGAACAGGCCAAAGAGAAGCAGCAGCAGAGACAAGCAGACGCCAGCACAGGGGCCCUGCCUCUGGUAACCAGGGUGGAAUUGGAAGAGGCCUUAGUGGAUCUGCAGCUCUACACAGAAGCCCAGGUUCAAGUUCUGCAGAACUGGAGAGAGCUGGCUGACUUCACCUGCACAUUCACAAAGGCUGUGGCUGAGGCACCCUUCAAGAAGCUCCGAGACCAGACUGGUUUCUCCUUCUGCCUGGAGAGCGACUGGGCUGGGGGUGUGAAGGUGGACAGCUCAGGCAGGGGCCUUGCCCUGGUGUGGAGGAGACAGAUUCAGCAGCUGAACCGAGUCAGCAUGGAAAUGGCCAGUGCGAUUGUGAAUGCCUACCCCUCGCCCCAGCUCCUGGCUCAGGCUUAUCAGCAGUGUUUACUGGAGCAGGAACGCCAAAAUUUGCUCGCAGAUAUACAAGUUCGCCGAGGGGUAGGCGUGACAUCUACCUCCCGCCGCAUUGGACCAGAGCUGUCCAGGCGUGUUUAUCUCCAGAUGACAACUCUGCAGCCAAAUCUCUCUUUAGACAGUUCAGACUGA